UUUCUUUUGCGUUGUGAAUUUGAAUGGAAAGUCACGUCGUUUGAAAUCAGGAAUCAAAUUUGAGUAAUAACCUGAAAUUAAGUGGAUAAAACUGCCAAACCAUGGAGGUUAUGGAAGAAGGCAAUCUUAUGGACAGGAUUCCGAUCCUGCUCCAGCGAGAUUUGCAGUAUUACGAGGCUAACCAAAAAGUGCUACAGGAGAAUAUCUGUCCCGGAGUGGUCGGCGGCAAGUUGGACUUCCCCCGGUCGGCAUCCUUUGCAUCGGUUAAGAUAGUUGUCUGGUUGGAGGACGAGUAUUUUGCUGCUUACAGGAAGAACUCGGGACUACUACAUCUAAGCGAUGUGCUCCAGGACCACCAGGGGAAGGAAACCGACGAAGCGGCCGGAUGUGGCGGUAUAGUUAAGUCUUCGGAUCCGGAGAAGUUUGUACUGUUGGUGGUCAAAUCGGUGGACAACCUGCUGGAACACAUCCACACGCUGUCCCAGGAAGCUCUGGAUCACGCUGACCUAACUGUGCUGACGGCUACUAUAGGCGCCGCCGCACUGGUCAAGAAUAGCCUCUUCGUAUGGCUAGGCUGCGUCACCAAGAACGUCUGCCCACCCAAGGGCGACGAGAAGGGUGGGUCGCUGAAGAUGAGCUACAAGCAAUUCUCGGAAAUGACGGAAGCCUUAGCUGAGCGGUUGCUUGAUCUGCACUGUCGACUGCUGACGCUGUACAUCAUCCAAGACGCGGAUUGUCUUCACUGGGAAAGUCAGCAUCCAUUCUUCGAAUCGGAACGUGGUUCUUAUACCAUCCAGAUGUGGUGGCUGUACAUGCAGGGAACCAAACAGGACCUGUGGAACUCUGUUCCACCGACGAUGGCUCAACGGGUGUUUGCCGGAAUGCUGAAUGAAACUCUCACGGUUCUAACAGUUCGCUACACGCAGACCGUGCCAAGUCGAGCACGAUCUAUGCUUCUGCUGGUGGACGUUUCAAAUAUCUUGCUCUGCGUUGGUGAGCUUCUACCGGCAAUUUGCGAGAACGGUGAAGGAUUCGUUGGGCUCAACAUCACUAACCAAAGCAAGAUCAUUCGAGAUAUUCAUUCCAAGUGUCAGGAACUGUUCUGUUGUUUGCUGCUCCGCGGUGUACCCCUCGGGGUACUCUACAAGAUUACCAAGAAGGGCAUAAAUUCGAUCGCCAUGUUCAACCAACGUCAAGGACUGAUCACUCCUUGGACGAUCUUCGCCUUGCCGAAGCUAUUCCCUACAAAUCAAAAUGGACACUGGGCAACUCGUUGUUCAGAGUUGCCGACCAAUACGGCACUGUCAUUGGAGUUGAAAGUGCUACUGGCAGCUCCUCAGGCGAACUGGUGGCUACUGCUGAAGGUUCUUUUGAUGCGCGAAGCGCACCUAUCUUCAAUGAUAUUCCAUCAUCUGAUCAAGAACUUGCCGACGUGCGAUAACUACAUCCCUAGCUCUAAACAACCGUCGAUCAAUCGCGAGAGCAUGUCAAAGCAGUGCGAAGGAUUCCUUUGUGGUAUGGAAUGUAAUGACAUUGUCCAAUGGUCAUUGGAGCAAAAAGAUCCGAUCGGUCAAACCAACUAUCAAGUCCUGAUGGGUUUGACGUACAUUGUAAUCAUGGCCGGUAAGACGUCCGACGUCAACAAGACGCUCAUCUCUGCUCUGGAGAAAAGCAAGUUAAAUGACUGGGCGUGUUGCCUGGACCGACGCCAAGUUUGGAACCAGAAGCGCCCUCCAUGGUUGGAGGCCAUCCUUCAUCUGAUCUACCCAAUUUUGAACCCGAUCAUUCACAUGUUGGUCUCGGCGGUUCAAACCACAGCAAGCAUCUACCAAGCCAUGUCGCUGUCGUUGUCCUGCUUCUCGGAAAUGUGGGACUGCAUUCCGGACUGCCUCUACACGGUGGUUAGCUGCUUGACGGAAAUCCUACCGGCCGAGAUCAGACCUCUGGGUGAUUCGGUUCUCAUACAGCUACUGUACAUGGCCCUCUACUCGAAAUUGCUGGAAGCAUCAGAGAGUGAAGCCGAAGCAGAGAUGAAAGAACAAAAGGAGAACAAGGAUAGCACCACUCCACCAACCCCGGCAAUGGAAGGUCCGGUAUCGACGAUCAACAUGAAACCGCGAUCGGUCAUAUGUCAAACACUGGCCGAGGCGAUCUGCUUUAUCGACGAGGACAACAAACACACCGAUCAGAUCAACUCCCUCAUCAACCAGGCUCGCGAAAGCCAACGGUCUACCAAUACGCUGGACAACGACAUGGAAGAGGCUGUUGGGUUGAGCUUUGCGAGCACUUCGAAGAUUGACGAACUGGACGCGUUCAUCCAUCCUUCGCCGAGUGUUCGCUCCGAGGAGGAGUUUGACGUGGAGAACGCAGAAUACAUUGCUGAAAUGUUGGUGAGCGACGUCCUGAUGACGGGUGUUGGAAAGCUGAGCAUGAAGAUGAUCUACCAAUACAUACGGAAGAACAUCGAGUGGAUUCUGCAGCAACUGGGGGUCAGUGACGUCCAGGUCAAUCCACUGCAGCCCAGUCCGGGGCAGAACAUCAAGGAAAACCAACAGAGCUUGAUCGACAUCAUGUUCCACAUCGGGAAUCAGUCGUUUGAUCAACUGCUGAGCGGCCAGCUAGACAUCGACUACAACAGUUGGUUCCAGACGCCGAUGUCGAUGAGUGCGGAAAAGGCCUGGCUGCAGGUUUCGCAGCGUUGGGAGUUUCAGCCGAGCGCGAAGCUUUCCGUCCACGAAGCGCUCAUGGUGUCGUUUAUCACGUCACAGCUGAAACCUUGAACGGGUGGUGAAGGGUUUGGGCCUUUAAAGUUAUUACUCACAUGUUUAGAGUUACAACCCUAUUACAGUGGUGGACAACCCUAUUACAGUACUUUACAGUCUGCUUUAAAAACUUAAAAUCUUAUUGAAAAUAUUUUUCUUAAGUCAAAAUUGUUUUGCCAAUCUAUUUAUUAGAGAUACUCGUAUGUUACUACUUAAAAUAAUUUAAUACUAAACAAUUAACACAAAUUUGUAGGUGACAGAGCUAAACCAUUAUAUGAGAGUUGCCUCUUUCGUUACUGUAGUGUAUACGACAGUUACCAAAGCUUAAGAUUUGGAACUAAUGGAGUAGCUUAACGCAUCAUUCAACAACCGUAAGCUGUCAUGGCCACGUCCUUGCAAAAACUGAGGAAUGGGAAGGUAAAUGAACACUUUCUUAACAAAGAUGUAGAGAACUAUACUCUCAUAGAUGUUGGAUAUUUUGAAAUGCUGAUACGAAGGAUGAGGAAAUACAAUACGUCUGGUAGACGUUCUGAUAAUUAAGUGGAUAAUAUUUGCAUAUUGACUACAGAUCUGAACAAACUCAGUGAUCUCUUGUAAUUACAGAUUACAUCCGAUUCUGUUUUCGCACAGAUUUUUUUUACACAGCCAUGCUAAAAAAGUUUCCGUACAUAUUUUUCCGCCAAAAUCUUAUUUUUGAAUGGAACGUGGUGUUACUUUUUUUUGCACGGUUUUUGAAAUUUUGAACUGAAAACUUUUUUGCACGGUACGCAUCCCCCGUGCAAAAACAGAAUCGGGUGUAUUAUCAAAAAAAAUCCUCAUACUUAACUAGAGUUAAAAGCGAUCCGACUAGCAGAACAACCCUGUUUAAAGUUAAAUCAAAACGUAUUGCAACGUGACGAGACGACCCAACAAGGAUUCAUGCAAGAGGUUAUUUCUAAUCAGUAUUUCAUAUUAAUAGCUGCAAUUUUACCGCUUCCCUGUUGCUGCCACAUGCUAUACUCAGCUCCAAACUUCAAAGUAAUUCCAAUAAACUUCACAGAUUAGAUGCAACUCA